UAAUUUCUAAUUGAAAUCAAAACCAUCAAAACUGAAAUUAAUCUCUUAUAAUUUAAAUCAAAUUUUCGAUUUCACAAAUCGAAACUGUUAAUUUUGAUCUGAACUACGAAAAAAAAAAAUCAGUGUUUUGUUUUAGAAAAAUAGUUAUACCUGACCUAUAAACAGAAUUCAAACAAGAAAACGAAGGUAAAAUAGGCGCGCCUUCGCUUCAAAUAGGUAAAAAAAGAAAAAAAAAAACAAGAAAGAAAGAAAAAAAAGAAACAGUUAAUCGUUAAAAGUUCAAACCCAAAUGCCACCUUCUUCAAGCCCCCAAAAACAAGCAAUUCCAGAUUCUCUAUCUGGCUCGAUCGAAUCUCCCCCGACACAAGCUCCAUAACAGCGCUAAAAAUCACAAAAGGCGAAACCUUAACACUCACAAUUCACCCUGUUUCCAGAUGCGUGUCUCUCUCCUCUACGAAUCUUUUGGAUGUACCAUUUAUAUAGCAGAGCAGAACCGACCCGUCCAUUAAUGAGCCUUCUUGAUAUGAGAAUCGACACCGAUGGUUAUCUCGGCCAGCGGCCGUCUAUUUCAUUGGCAUUUUCUCCACUUAUGAUAAUUGAUGGGCGUUCUCGCAACAGCAACUUUUCCUAUAUUCAGCUCCCUGAGGAGCCCAUCAAGCUCUCCAUUCUCAGAUUGGAUGGCUCAUGUUUUGAUAUUGAAGUUAUGAAGUCUGCUUCCAUUGCAGAACUGAGACAGGCUGUGGAAGCUUUCUUCAGUGAUAUGACACAGAAUGGACCUGGCAAGAUCUCAUGGCCACAUGUGUGGAGCCAUUUCUGCUUAACGUAUGAUGGUCAGAAGCUAGUUACAGAAACUGAUUACAUCAGAAACUAUGGCAUCAAGGAUGGUGAUCAACUUCAAUUUAUCAGGCACAUCUCAAACAGUUGUAGUUUCAAGAAGAAGAGAUCAAAAAAAUGGACUUUUUGUUCAGAACAACACAAGAUCUCAAUAUCACGUUCACGUCCAAAUAUCUGUGACAACAAAAAAGGCAAUGAUGAGGAAGAGAAUCAUUACAACGUAGAGAAUGGGGAGUUCAGCACUUUUGAUGAUACAUAUAAAAAUUUUGAACACAAGGAAUCCAGGUGGGCUGGUUUAUUGCAACGGUUAUUCCCAUACUCCAGGCUGCAAGGCAGGAAGGAAGUUUGAAGUGCUCUCCCUCCAGAUCUGCCUGUGGUUUCAUGAGUGGUUGUAGAAAAAUCGUUUUUUGGGGUGACAGUAAUCAUCCUCAAAAGGAUGAAAGGAGAAAGGGCCAGGGAUCAACCUGAAUUGCAUUUUACUCAUGGUGCUUCAAUGCUUCGUUCGGCGCCUUGAGAGCAAGUAUGAGUGCCAUUCUAGAUUAUGCAUAUUUAACAAGCUGUGUAGGCCAUGUUCCGGUGUGAAAAUUUUGAUUACAAAUCAGCAUUGUUUAAUAUCAAGGAUAUCAGCUAACACUUGUUGGCAAUGAUCUCAACCUUCUCCUCUCUCUCUCUCUC